AGAGAGAAGGACAUUGACAAUAACAGAGGCAACAGAGGGAUUCCCCUCCCCACAAGAGAAUGAGGCGAAGACCUUCUCUGUUCCUCUACUACCGAACACAAAUCUUCAACUCUGCUCCUUAAUCUCCCAAAUUUCACGCUUUAUCUUUCUCUUUUCUAGUUCCUAGGGUUCCAUUUGCCCCUCAACUACAAGGUUCUAGGGUUCUGAAUUGGGGGUUUUCAUUUCUGAGAGAUGUGGGAUGCUCCGGGGAUUGAUGAAUCUGCUCUCUCUUUGUUGGAAGCCAUUCGGGCGUGGUGGUGAAAAUUUGAGCUCUGUUGGAGUCAUUGGAACCAAUUGUGGUGGCAAAGAUUCUAAGGAUAGCUUACUCUGGUUCUAUGAUUAUGGCAAGUAUGCUUCCGGUGAUUUUUCCAUGGCCGUCGUUCAGGCCAACCAGGUGCUUGAGGACCAGAGCCAGAUUGAAUCUGGUCCUUUUGGUACCUUCGUCGGAAUCUACGAUGGCCACGGCGGCCCCGACGCCGCUCGAUAUGUCUGCAACAACUUGUUUAGGCGUUUUCGGGAUGAAGAACAAGGAGUUGUGACUCGUGAAACCAUCCUGCAGGCAUUUCGUCGAACAGAGGAAGGGUUUACAACCGUCGUGUCAGAGUUGUGGAGUACUCGACCCGAGAUAGCAACAGUUGGGACGUGCUGUCUAGUAGGGGUGAUACAUGAGCAGACACUCUACGUGGCGAGUCUUGGAGAUUCUCGUGCUGUGUUAGGGAGGAAAGUUGGCAACACUGGAGAGAUUGCUGCCAUUCAGUUAUCAACGGAGCAUAAUGCAAAUCUUGAGGAUAUAAGGCAUGAAUUAAGAGAUAUGCAUCCAAACGAUCCUCAAAUUGUGUUUCAAAGGCGCGGAGUUUGGAGAGUGAAAGGCAUUAUACAGGUAAAAAUUACUGUUUUGUGUCAGUUUAGACCAUCUCGUAUCUUGUUGACUUCCUCCUAUUCAAUUGUUUUUCAUGUUUUCACCUUCUCUAUUAUAAAUUGUAGUUUUUAGGUAUAUCCUGUUUACAACUUUAGGAACUGUCUUCGUGUUGAUAGGAUCGCUUGUAUAAGAUG